AUGAGUGAUAUCCCAAAAGCUCAAUCACGCCCGUCUCGAAAGCCAGCCGAAGCCGAUCUUCGCGGUACAAUGAAUCGAUCAGAAUCCAUGGACGGCUCUGCUCCACAUUUCGUUCCUUCCCAGCCAAAGCACAAAAAUAGAGAAAGCAUCUCAAGCUCUGGCCCCUCCGUCACCAGCCCACCAUCAACCAGGGGUUGCAGAGCAGAAGUUAUCGACAAUCGAACUGUCUCUCAAAGUCUUCAGGACUGGAUGGAGAAUAGAGUCUCAGAUAUCAUCAAGACAAUCUGUGACACUACUUCUAUCCCACAAAAAGUUCAACACAAGGUCAGCAUCGAACUUCAAAAUCUUGUCGUCGACUUCGCCGCUCAACAAGUCUUUGUUACUAAAACCGAAGAACAAUACAUGAACCAAGUCAAAGAUCUCGAGCGCCAGCUUCUAGAGGCCUCCAGCGAUUUCUCAGAUGAGUCUGGUGAACCAACCCGUUGUGAAUUACUUGCCAUCAUUGCUUCUCAACGUGAGGAGUUACAAGUCAAGGAAAAUCAACUUAAUGGAAAGAGAAUCCUUUGGCUUGCAUCACAUCCACCAGCUUCGCAACUGAGAUCAUCAGAGACCAAUCCUUUCCGCCUUCCAGGUGGCAGCAGUCGAUCCCACUCCCAAUUACAGUUGGAAGCUCCUCCUUCAUUUAAAAAUUCGCAUUCUGGAUAUCGCAGUGGUGGUCCAACAUCGAUGACACGCCUCUCGAGAGCUUCCCUGGCAGCAAUGGAGAAUGCCGCCAUUGGAGACCAUAUGUCACCUACACAGGAGGAAUACGAUCGAGUCAAGGCAUCCGUAUCUGUAGCAGUUCCCGAUAGUGCUUUGGAGAAUGUUCCAUCCGUACUUAAUAUGCGAAACACUAUGCGUAGCGAGACCGAGACUGUCAUCAAUCACCGCCGUUCGCAAGUUAUGCCAUUGGUUCCAUAUAAAAGCCAACCUUCCAAUGUCCAUGACACGGGUAAGGAGUUCACAAACGACUUUGGCAAUCUCUUUGCCUCUAUGGAAGGAUGGUGCCGUGAAUAUGCUUGCGUUCCGAAUCUUGCAGGAGAUCGCAAUAUUGCCAGCACAAACCAGGAGCUUUGGAACUACAUGAUGGGCGUUACUUACCAUGAUCCUCAAAGUGCACAUAGCCACGUCAUGGCUCUUUUGGGUAACGAGAACACCCGUUUCUGGUUUGUCAUGAGAUUGGCGCUCGAAUAUUGCUUCAAGAAAAUCAUGUGCAUUGAGACUUAUGAGAAGUAUAAUCAAAGUGUUAAGGAACAUUUGAUCAGUCUUAGAGAGCGUCUUGCUGCGAAGCCUAUUAUUUCAAAUGAAAAACGACAAGCUCUUAUUGCUGAGCAAACCGCAUUGAUCAAAUCAGUCAUCAACUCACCGGAUUAUGUUACAUUCCGCAACGACAUGCUUGUUCACCAUACGAAGAGACUUCGAGACAUUCUUGGUCCUUUAAUGAACCAAGGAUGCUCACGCACAAAGGCCGGUGGAGAUCUCGGUGUAAUGAUCAUUUCCUCUAUGGAAAUAUGUGCUAAGAUGUGGACUGCCAAAUUGAGCUUCCAAAUCGUCUUUCCGGAUCUUCUCGGCGUUAAGUUUACAGCUGGUACUAUGACUCCAAAGGAUCAUCCUAGGGAUAAUCCCUAUCAGUUACAGACAAAACAAAAGCGUCUCAAGCUAGUCAUGACUCCUUCUAUUACCAUGCGUGAUGAUAAUUCUAUCACGAUCAUCGCCAAGAAUCUUCAUAAGGCAAAUGUCCUUCUCAUGACCUAA